CCUCACUAGCCCCAUGGUGCAGAGCUAAUAAAAAGACCUAGGGGUUGUCACAUAUAUUACUCUUGUGGUGGGGUCCUUUUUCACCCCAUUAGUUUAGCUCCGGGCAUAGCAGAACCCCGCUGUGCUUGGUGUUAUUAAAACUUUUAUAAUAAUAACAACAACAGUGAUAAUAAGUGUACUGGAAAACUUCAUAGCUGUAGAAUUAAAAAGGUAAAAACUGCUUCCUUAUUCAAUGACACAUUAAUUAAUUAUUAUUCAUUAUAAUUAUAUAUAAAGCUAAUGUUUGAGACUUGACUGAUUGGAAAUUGUUUUGCCCAAAAGCCAGUGCCUUUUCUUACUAGGUUUUCAUGAUAAUGCAGAAUGACAUAUUUGUAUCACAACCUCCUAUUUCGUCAAAGCACUGCUUCAGUGAAGAAAUAAUAUCUAGUGGUUAGUGUAGUAAUCCUUCUUGUGUCCUGAUGGAAACAGGGAUCCCACAUGUAUUUUAGUCUUGAUAUCUACUUGGAAUUAAAAAGCAUUCAAAUUUUUUGUCUGUGUUGUCUUUAAAGGACAUGCAGUCCCACGGAUAUUUCACUCAUGCAUGUUUUCCCACCAGAAGACAGUAAAAACUUAAUUGAAAUAAUAAAUACUAGGAAAAUAAAUAGCUGUUUUCCUGUAUUUGAGUCUCAGCUGGAUGUAAUUGUUUGAGGAAAUUCACAUAUAUUUUGUUUCUCUUUUUGGAAUUAUCAGACAUAGGUCUGAUAGAAGAAACCAAAGGUUUUGUUCAGAGGUGAACACUGUAAUGGCAUGGGAGAAAAAAACAAGUGUAGUGCCUCCCAUUUGACAGGUUUUUGUUUCUUUUUUCAACUUUUUGCUUUUAAAUUUAGACAAAAUGCAUGACAAAUCAACAUGCAACUUGGUGACAAACCAACAUGUUAUAAAUAGGGUGCCUACGUUAGUAACAGACUCAAUCCAUUAUUGCUACAUUUGCUUCCAUACUUAGUUCCUAUUUCUGCUUCUGUCAUUGCUCGAAAGGAUUGGGCAAGCACUUGGGUUUAUUAAUAUAUUCCAACUAUGAUGAGACUAGUGCAAGUCAUUAGCACUCAGGCAACACACUGCUAAACUGUAAACAAAAAUGUUCAGAACCAAUGAUGUGAACAGCUCUUUCUUAGUCCUUCACCAGUGUUCACAUUGUUCAUAUUGUGUUUGGAUCAGUGGGGUUCAGAUUGGUUUAACUUGCAUUGAAAUUAAUGACCACAGGUGUGCAGGAUUCAUUUCAAUAUUCUACUAAUACCUAACUAAUACCUUAAAAUAUGGCAACCAUUGCUUUCAGGUGCUGAUUGUGAAGCUGUAACAGAAUUCCACAGAGAAUUCCUAGUUCACUUGAUGAAUCCACAUUCUGUUCUGCCAGGGAAUGGUAGUGGUAUCAGCCACACUCUAAUAAGAGUGCCCUUUAGAGAUGUGUAAACUAUGGAGAUUCUCAAGUCACUUUCAGACUAGCCAUCUUAUUAAUAAGCCUCAUAAUGAUAUUGAGGAAGUAUGAUAAUUAAGUUAAAAAUCACUAAAUAACUGGCAAUAUGCUCAGAACUGAGAAAGGUGAGUGACUGAGAUAUUCAGCUGUGAAAUGGAGAGCAGAAUUUAAAACUUUCAGAGCAGGUUAUGAAGUUUCUUGGUGGGAAAAUAUAACAGAAUAAUCUGUUUAUUCUGUCCAUAAACAGAAUAAACUGUUUAUUCACAGCACAAUGCUUUUUUGCUUUCUUUGUGGAAACCAUAAGUGAAUGUAACCCUGUGUUUUUAUUACAAAGUCAGAAGAGGAGAAAGAUGAGUUUAGUAGUUGGGAUGAAUUCACAUGAGGGAGAGUGAAAGAAGGACCUAGCCGUGACUACUGGACUUGAUCACUUCUGAAGUUAUUUCUGGAUAUUCCAGUGUUAUUUGGCUUUUAAGCAGAUGGCAGUUUUUAGAAAGAAAGUUCAAUACACCUUUUAAUAUUGUGGUAGACUCAGAAAUACUUUGGGACUUUUUGUCUUUUGGCAAGGCUUUUGUGCUUCUACAUUUAAAUGGUCAUGCUCAGUAAAAGAAAGCAGCUGUGGAAUCAAACAUGAGACUCAGGUUUUAAGUUUGUAGAGAGUUUAUCUUUCAUUUUCACAAAUAAUGCCUCCAACAAAUAGGGCUUUAACACUAGUUCAUAUUUAUCAAUAUUAACAGUAAAUCAAACUGAGUUGUUACUUUAAAGACAGAGUAUUUUAGCUCAUAGUCUUAGGAUCAUAAAGAUUUUAUGAGCUAUUUCAUGGUAAGAUAUCUCAAAUUAACGGUGUUGCUAACUGUAAAAAGUUAGAUAAGACAGAGGUUUUACUACUGUUUUAGUGUGAAAACUCAUGACAUCAAGAAUUUACUACUUCAGGGAGUUAGUUUUGAACUUUAGUCGGGUUUACUGACUAAUCACAUGACGCAUUUUCUGUUUUCCUUUGAAAGGCGUUAACAUUUUAGCAUGCCCAUUUAAAAAAGAAACCACACAGAAUCCUAUAUAAACGACUUCCACAGACAGCCUAUUGCUUCAGCCCACUGGGAUGAUAUAAGCCCAGGAGAUGGAGAUGGAGACUGCAGAUGAAGUUGCUAUUGUUGGAAUAGGAUGCAACUUUCCUGGAGGAGAUGGAAUUGACAAUUUCUGGAAAGUCCUGGAGGAAGGCAAAAACUGCACGGUAGAAAUCCCCCCCGAGAGAUUUAAUGCCAAGGAGUGGUAUGAUGCAGAUGGCAACAAGCCAGGAAAAAUAUGUACAACACGAGCUGCUCUUCUUGAUGAAUUUAAUUCAUUUGACAACCACCUGUUUGGGAUUAACAAUAUGGAAGCAGAACGCAUGGAUCCGCAACAGAAAUUACUGAUAGAGUGCACAUACAAAGCCCUGGAGGAUGCAGGAGUUCCUGUGGAAUCUAUCAGUGGCUCCAAAACAGGUGUUUUUAUUGGUAAGAUGAAAAUUUCAUGGGAAGAGAGAGGAGACUGUGAGGCAGCAAUUUGUGGUGGGGUGAACUGCAUCAUCGAUCCCCGCACCUUUGUAUCUCUCAGUAAAGCCAAAAUGAUCUCUCCAGAGGGCAUAAGCAAACCCUUCUCCAAAAAAGCAGAUGGCUAUGGAAGGGGAGAAGGCUGCGGUGUUGUUUUCCUCAAACCGCUGAAAAAGGCAAAGGAAGACUACAGCAAAAUCUGGGGUGUGAUAAACAUCAGUGCAGUCAAUCAGAACGGCAGAUCCACGACUCCAAUCACGAGACCGUCUCAAAUAGAGCAAGAGAAGUUACUGCGCAGCAUUUAUGAAAGUCGUGUUGAUCCCUCAGUUGUGCAGUACAUUGAAGCCCAUGGCACAGGAACUGCUGCUGGAGAUCCUACAGAAGCUGAGAGCCUGGGUAGUGUCAUUAGCAAAAACAGGUCUUCCAGAGUUUCCAUUCUGAAAAUCGGUUCAGUGAAAGGAAAUAUUGGACACACUGAAUCAGCUGCUGGAGCAGCUGGGUUAAUCAAAGUGCUCCUGAUGAUGCAUCAUGGAAAGAUUGUUCCAUCCUUGCAUUACUCAAAGGAGACGAGCAGUAUCGAUACAGAGAAAUUAAACCUUGCUGUUGCCACAGCUGUAGAGCCCUGGGAAGAAUCCAGUGAGUAUGGAAGAGUAGCUGGCAUCAACUGCUUUGGAUUUGGAGGAACCAAUGCUCAUGUUGUAGUCAGGCAGGUGAAGCAGCCAGAGGCUCUUCCUGCCUUUAAGAAGCCCCUGGAAUUAGUUCUGCUGUCAGCAGCAUCCCCUAAGUCCCUUCAGAUGACAAUGGCGGACACAGCUGAGCAGCUGAGCACAAGGAACUCCGUAACUCUCCCAAGCCUGGCCUACACCUCUGCCUGCAGAAGAAGCCAUGCCAGCUACAGGUACCGAAAAGCAUUUGUCACAAAUUCCCUCCAACACUUGCAGCAAGAGCUGAAGCUGGCAGCGAGCACGGAACCUGCCAUGUCCAAAGCGGAACCACAGCUGGUGUUUGUGUUCUGUGGCAAUGGUGUAACGCUGAAGGAGUUCAGUGAGGCACUGCUGAGCUCAGAGCCAGUGUUCAGAGACAAGUGUAAGGAAAUAGAAGACCUUUUCCAGCAGCACGCUGCCAUCAGCCUCCUGCCAGCAAGAAAUCAUAGCCCAAAGGACUUGCUGAACCCAGAGUUUUCUCAGCCCUUGCUGUUUGCUCUGCAGGUUGCUGUAGCUUCCCUCCUGAAGCACUGGGGUAUUAAGCCUGUUGCUGUUGUUGGCCACUCGGUGGGGGAAGUUGCUGCUGCACACAUUGCUGGGUACCUUUCCCUGGCAGAUGCAGUCAAAGUGAUUUAUCACCGGAGCAGGCUGCAGGCAAAGACUCCCAGGGGCAGAAUGCUGGUGGUUGGAAACAUCCCUGUUGAAGAGAUUGCAGAGCGCCUGCAUCCCUACUCAGGAAAGGUGUGCAUUGCUGCCUUCAACAGCCCCAUUUCCUGCACCUUGUCUGGGAGUGUAGAGGCUGUGGAAGCUGUCCAGAGUGAGUUAGCUGAAGCUUUCAGACAGAGAAACAUCUUUCUUCAUGUUUUAAAAGUUCCAGCUGCUUACCACAGCCCCAGCAUGGACGGUUCUUCUGCCUUUAUUCUGCUAGCUGUGUUAAUUUCACCUGUUCCGGCUCCCGACCACGCUUUCAGUGAAGACAUUUUUCCUUAUAUCCAGUCUGAGUCUCCCCUGAGGCUGAGGACCAUUUCCUCUCAUCCUAUUGCUCGUUACCCGGGAGAAGAGGCCGAUCCGCAGAGCCCUCUAACACCGAGUUUGUCCACUCAAAGAGGGAGGGCUCUUUCCAACACCCCCCGAAUCCGCUCUCGCUUUCCCGGCGCAAUCCGGGCGCAAUCCCGGCGCAUUCCCGGCGCAAUCCGGGCGCAAUCCGGGCUCAUUCCCGGCGCAAUCCCGGCUCAUUCCCGGCUCAUUCCCGGCGCUCCCGCGGGCAGGCGUUGCGCCGCAGUACCGGCGGCGGGCGGCAGGGGGCGCGCGCAGGCCGCGUUCCCGGCCCGGCGUUCCUGUGCCCGGCAUUCCCAGCCCGGCAUUCCCGUGCCCGGCGUUCCCAGCCCGGCGUUCCCAGCCCGGCGUUCCCGUGCCCGGCGUUCCCAGCCCGGCGUUCCCGUGCCCGGCGUUCCCGUGCCCGGCAUUGCCAGCCCGGCGUUCCCAGCCCGGCAUUCCGUGCCCGGCGUUCCCAGCCCGGCAUUCCCGUGCCCGGCAUUCCCAGCUCCCCUCCCGGCGGAGGCGGCGGCUGGGAGGGACCGGGGGAGGUGCUCGUGUCCGGGAUCAGUGUCGCUGCUGGUGGGGUUGGGAGCACGUUUUGCUGCCGCUCAGGAGACCUGCCAGCUUUACGCUGGGCUCGAUGGCCUUAGAGGUCUCUCCCAGGAGGCGCGAUUCCGCAGCGCUGAAAGCUGGAGCGGCCCUUUCAAGGGCUGUAUCACAGGCACCUGCGAUACCGAGCGUGGGUUCGGGGGGAAACUGGGCUCUGGGGAAGCAGCCGUGGCUGGUUAA